AUGGCAACUCAAUACGAAGUCGAACAUAAUGUCAAAUUUGCCGAAGGCCGUCGCUCAGGCCGUCGCGUAGACAUGGCCUCUUUCUUCUCCCUCCUCGAUCAGAUCGCCGAGCCCUCAGGCGCCCAGACCCCUCAUCACAACCCUCACGCAACACCUACUCCCGUAGACACAGCCGCUCUCUUCCGACUUCUCCAGGAACAGCUGCAUCAGCUUCAAAUGACCGCCCCGACAGACGACAAUCGCGAUUUUCUCCAAUCCCUUAUCGUUAACCUCGAGGGCGACAUCAUCGAUCCUCCGACUCGACUGGCAGGCGUUUCGCAAGAGUUUCUCGACUCGGUCGAUCGUGUGAAUCGCAAGACCCUCAAGGAAGACGACGACUGUGCUAUCUGCAAGAUUCCCUACCUGGAAGAUGAAUACUGUCUUGUUGUUGAGCUGCCGUGCCCAGGCGGUCACCAAUUUGACCUCGAGUGUGUUGGACCUUGGCUGCGAAGCAAGGGGACGUGUCCCAUAUGUCGUCAUGAUCUGGUGAAGAAGAAGGAGGUUCCCGUUGUGCAGGAUGACGACGAAGAGGAGGACGGCGAUAUGAUGUAUGCCUAG